CCCAACCACCGAAGAAGAGCCGAUGACAGAGGCCAGCGCAGAAGAAGAAACAGUGGCGCUCAGCAGCGGCGGUCAUUUGGAUACACAAAUAAACAAUCCAUAUUUAAUGCUGUUGUUAUUAUCGUAAGUAGUCUCAUGUCAUAGCCAGCUGUCCUACGUCUAUCUGUUACUGAACGGACACAUUUGUCUCCGUUGGUUUCAUUUGCUGGAGUCUCGUCGAUCUAAUAUUGAUGAUAAACAGUUAGCAGGAGCCGUCUGAGCAGCAGCUUCUCAUUGUUGAACACUGAAACUCGUCUCUUCGUACCCUGGCGUCGUUUUAUGACCACUGACAAUGCCGCUGGGUUUGAAACCAUGCUGCACCGUUUGCAAGACGAACUCUUCGUCCAUGUGGAAGAAGGGCAACCAGGGAGAAAUCCUGUGUAACAACUGCACAGGGAAGAGCAGCAGCGGCGGAGCAUCAGGACCCUCCAUGUCCUCCAGCGCACAGCCCAGCAAUGGCGGGGGCAAACAGUCCAAGCAGGAGAUCCACAGGAGGUCUGCACGGCUGAGAAGUACCAAGUACAAAGCUCCUGCAUCUGAGAAGAAAGUGUCCACAAAGGGAAAGGGAAGAAGACACAUAUUUAAACUCAAAAAUCCGAUCAAAGCACCAGAAUCCGUUGCAACAAUCAUCACGUCAGAAUCCGUAUUUUAUAAGGGUGUUUACUACCAGACAGGGGAUGUGAUCAAAGUAACAGAUGAAGAGGACGGAAAGUCGUACUACGCUCAGAUUCGAGGCUUUGUUCAGGACCAGUACUGUGAAAAAAGUGCAGCAUUGACCUGGCUAAUCCCCACCCAGGCCAGCCCAAAGGACCAAUUUGAUCCCGGGACAUACAUUGUUGGUCCAGAGGAGGAUCUUCCCAGAAAGAUGGAGUACCUGGAGUUUGUGUGCCACGCCCCCUCUGAAUAUUUCAAGUCGCGGAGUUCUCCUUUCCCUACCAUCCCCAUCCGACCAGAGAAAGGCUACAUCUGGACCCACAUAGGACCCACACCAGCCCUCACUGUCAAAGAGUCUGUGGGUGGCAACAGUUAACAGGGCUCUUGAUAUGGACUUACUCUGUUGCUUUUAAACAGAUAUUUGUAUAUUUGUGUAAUAUAAUAAAUACAAAAAUGGUUGUUAACUAUGGCCAUUACUUCAGAUUGAAGAUAAACUGUAAUUUGACACAGAAGAAACCAGAUGCAACCACAUUUCACAAAAGUUGUUUACACAUCUGCAGUAUUGGAAUAUUACUUUUGUAUUCAGUAAU